AUGGAUCCAUAUCUGCAUCUCGGCGAUAUCAGAAGACAGCAACUUGAUACUAGCCUAAUUAUCCCAAAGCUCCCAUUCCAGCGUCUUGUUAGGGAAAUUGCAGAAGACUUCAAGUCCAAUCUUCGCUUCCAGCAAUCUGCUAUCCUAGCUCUUCAGGAAGCUGCUGAAUGCUUCCUCAUUCGAGAAUUUGAGAUGACAAACCUUCUCACUAUUCAUGCGAAGAGAGUGACAAUUCAGGCAAAGGAUAUGAUAUUGACCUGGACGUUGCAUACAUACAAGGCUCAAAAGCAACAGAUCAAACGCGAUGUACAAUCAGCUCUGUCAAAAGCCCACUUUACAGUUGACCUCUGGACUUCUCCCAACUCUCUUGCAAUUCUUGGUAUAAUCGCACACUAUAUAUCCGAAACUGGCCAAUUAGAACACUCUGUUCUUGCAUUACAAGAACUAGAUGGCGAGCAUACAGACCCCCCGCACCUCUACUUCACCAAGACACAGAUGGCAGUUUGGCGGAACUUUGCAUCAUGGAGCUUCGAUGGCGAACAAGUCUACCUUCCUGGCCCUGCUGACUGGUACCCUGAUGGCUAUGAUACUGAGUUCUAUGGCUUUCAGUUGGAUUCUGAUGCACUUGGCGCCUUUCGGGCCUGGGAGGUGUUGAGAGAAGAGACUGAGCCAGCUGAGUACAAGUGGAUCCUCCCAUCUGACGACAGAUUGUUGCUGUUGUCCCCAACCAAGGAAUCCGAGGAGCUUCUCUCCCAGUUCUACAAUAUGUAG